AUGACAGAAGACAUCUGCGUUGCCUGCGGUCAAGAAGAGCCCCCAGGAAAAAAGAAAAAGAAGGCUGGAAAACAAGCUAAGGAUGCCAAAGGUGGAAUCACCUGGAUCUGCUGUGACUCUUGCUUGAAGUGGUUCCGCACGCGCUGUGUCCGAAUCAGCCCGACGCUACUUGCGGACAUUGUGAACUAUACGUACCACCUCGAACAAUGUGCGGUUAUUGGCAAUCUGAUCCCUAUAGCAUGCAAUCCCUACGAAGACAAACUCGGCGGCGAAAAGGCAGAACAUGGAGUCGGUUUCAUAGUGAUCGGCAAGCAGAUGCAGCGUUUUAUAAGGUGGAAACCGGUUAGCGAGCGAAUCUGUGUAUUGCGGGUACGGGGCAAAUUCUUCAACUACAGCUUGAUCAACAUCUAUGCACCGACAAACGAUAAACCCGAUGACGUGAAGGACGCAUUUUACGAGUGUCUCGACAAUACCUACGGAGAGUGCCCAAAGCAUGACGUGAAAACUGUUAUCAGGGACGCCAACGCUCAAGUCGAUAGAGAAGACUUUUUCCGUCCAAUCAUUGCUAGAGGGAUGGCCAUCAGCAGCACUUACUUUGCACGCAACGAUAUCCAUAAGCACACCUGGAUGCACCCGAAUGGCGAAACUUGCAAUCAAACAGACCAUUUUCUGGUAGACGGCCGACACUUCUCGGAUGUUAUAGAUGUGAGGACCUGCAGAGGACCAAACAUCGACUCUGAUCACUAUCUCGUUGUCAGUAAGAUUCGAGCACGGUUAUCAACCGUAGCGAACUCAAGAACUCAGUGA